AUGGGUGUUUCUUUUCUGCUAUCAUCACAAUUUUAUUGUCUCCUUUUACUCAUUUCUUUGUGUUUUUAUGUGGAGAAUUCAAUAGCUAUUACCAGGCACUACAAAUUUGAUAUAAUUGAACAAAAUGUGACAAGAGUUUGCCACACGAAGAGUAUGGUAACAGUUAAUGGUCAGUUUCCAGGGCCUCGGAUUGUUGCUAGAGAGGGUGACCGUCUUAUUAUUCAUGUGGUUAACCAUGUCAAACACAAUAUUUCCAUCCAUUGGCAUGGGAUUCGACAAAUUCGAAGCGGGUGGGCCGAUGGGCCAGCAUAUAUAACCCAAUGCCCAAUACAAAGAGGUAAAAGUUAUGUGUACAAUUACACAAUUGAAGGACAAAGAGGAACUCUUUGGUGGCAUGCCCAUAUUUCUUGGUUAAGAAAUACUGUGUAUGGGCCUAUAGUCAUUUAUCCCAAGAUUGGCAUUUCUUACCCAUUUCCCAAGCCUUACAAACAAUUUCCAAUCAUCUUAGGGGAGUGGUUUAAUGCAGAUCCUGAAGCAGUGAUUAAAGAGGCUCUUAAAUCAGGCGGUGGACCAAAUAUUUCUGAUGCUUACACUAUUAAUGGAUUUCCAGGGCCAUUCUAUAAUUGUUCUACCAAAGAUACGUACAAGCUACAUGUUAAGCCCGGAAAGACGUAUCUUCUUCGUCUAAUCAACGCUGCACUCAACACCGAAUUCUUUUUCACCAUAGCGAACCACACACUCACAGUAGUCGAUGUUGAUGCCGUCUACGUAAAACCUUUCGACACCAAAAUCCUCGUCAUAGCUCCAGGCCAAACCACAAAUGUUCUCUUGAAAACCAAAUUUCACCACCCGAACACCACUUUCUUAAUCACUGCAAAACCCUACGCAACGGGCCAAGCGCCUUUCGACAACUCUACCGUUGCUGCUCUCCUGCUCUAUAAACACACUCAUUCAACCAAAAAAAUUCCAAUUAUUAAACCAAAAUUACCCGUUUUUAACGAUUCUUCAUUUGUUAUGAAGUUUACGAAUAAGUUUCGUAGCUUAGCGAGUAAAGAUUUUCCUUGCAAUGUGCCUAAAGAGAUUAGUAAGCAAUUUUUCUUCACAAUUGGCCUUGGAACUAAGCCUUGUCAUAAGAACAAAACCUGUCAGGGUCCGAAUGGAGCUAGAUUUUCUGCUUCGGUAAAUAAUGUUUCAUUUACAAUGCCGAAAAAGGCUCUACUUCAAUCUCAUUUCUUUGGUCAAUCUAAGGGUGUUUAUACUCUUGAUUUUCCGAGAAAACCGUUGAUUCCGUUUAAUUAUACGGGGAAUCCGCCGAAUAAUACGAUGGUGCGAAAGGGGACAAAGGUGGUUGUGCUUCCUUACAAUGCUAGUGUGGAAUUGAUAAUGCAGGACACUGGUAUUCUUGGUGUUGAGAGUCAUCCUCUUCACUUGCAUGGAUUUAAUUUCUUUGUCGUUGGUCAAGGUUUCGGUAACUUUGAUCCGAAGAAGGAUCGUUCAGGAUUCAAUCUUGUUGAUCCUGUUGAGCGGAAUACUAUCGGCGUACCCUCCGGCGGGUGGGUUGCUAUUCGGUUUCUUGCGGACAAUCCAGGAGUGUGGUUCAUGCAUUGUCAUUUGGAAGUGCAUACAAGUUGGGGACUGAAGAUGGCUUGGAUUGUGAAGGAUGGGGAACAUCCUCAUCAGAAAUUGCUUCCUCCACCUGCUGAUCUUCCUCAAUGCUGAUUUAAUUUCCAAUUUCUCUAGCUAGCCUAUAGAUUCAAUCCUAAGCUUUUCAUUUUUAUUAUUUUUUCUCACUUGUAUUUAAAAUUGUUCCUUAUUUUAUAGUCAACUAUUUUAAUGUCAGUAAUAAAAUUGAGACCAGUUUAGCUA